CACAUAAUGGUGCUCACCAAACAUGUGGUCAUAGUGGUGGUACUCUUGGGAGUGACCAUGGCGUUCCUUCCGCACACUGCCGCAAGUCGCAUGGGCGUCUGCUCCGGCGCCACGGCUAUCACACCAGGAUUCCUUGCUUCAGAUUUUGCUGUCUUGGCCGAUGAACGGCUAGUGGUGGUGGGACAGACAUCACCAGCCAGCGUCAUGGCGCGGUUUUAUGAUCGCCUCACGCUCACGCCCAUUGGCUCAGCCUUUAUGCUGCAUGAUACUGGUCCGACAGCAGCAUCGAGAGCAUCACCAGUGGUGGCCGCAGAUCCGUACUCGACAGGCUUUUACGUCGCCUGGUACGCCAGAGACCAGUCCGACCACGUGGGUGGUAACUCGGACGAGACCGUCGUUCGCGCCUUUGAUGGAUCGGGCGCUCCGCUCUCGGCAGAGAUCUGGGUGAACAAGGACUUUUUCGUCACAAAUGGCCAGUAUCCGACCGCGCUCGAGGUUCUGCCCUCCGGCAAUGUGGUGGUUACCAUCACCUCGUGGAACAACGUGGCUAUCUUUGCCGUCUACGGCCCGCAGCUGGCGUCGGCCAUUGUGCCUGCUACAGGUCUAGGUUCAUCGACAGAAAACCCGUCGGCCUUUUCGCUCGGAGAGGACGAGGCUGUUGUGUUGGCCCAGGAGACGUCGUCCAGCGCCACCAGCAAAAUCCGCAUUCUCAACGCCACUACAGGCACCACAAGCCGCUCGAGCAGCCUUGAAGCUUUGGUCUCGCCAAACUUGGUCUAUCAUCCGCUCAUCGGCACCGCAGUGCCCGGGGGCAUGGUCAUUACCUUUGCUGACCUCAACUCGGGUGAGAUCCCACUCUACGCUGCCGGCAUCCGCUCGGACCUCACAGUCGCCACUCCAAAGACCUGGCUCCAUCCUGAAGAGCCCAUCGGCCGAUGGUAUCCGCGCGCCAUUCGCCCGCUUGCCGGCGGCUUUGCCAUCCUCCACAACAACCGGAUGAACGUCGGCAUGCUAAGAACGUAUGCCUACUCGAUGGAUGCGCCCGGGCCCGAGGGCAAUCUCAACGCGUACUCUUCGCUGCACACCCUCCCGUUCACCUUUACCACGCCGAGCAUUCUUCCAAAUGCACAGAUGCACGCUGUUGCAGACCUCGGCGUCGGAGGCACCGCCCUCGUCAUUGCAAAGCUCGCUUUGUUUUCCCCCGAGUUUGUCACUUGCUACGCCGAGGCCAUCGUACUCGACGCCACCAUCUGCGCGCAUCACGGGACUGCCGUGUACUCGCUCGACUGCCUCUCUGCUGCGCUUGCAAACACCACGCUAGUCACCAACUACGCCACCUUUGAGCUGGCGCCCGGCACCUGGUCGUCAUGUCCGGCCACCGGCAUCCUUCUCACCUCGGCCACCAACAUUCGCGGCGGCGGCGCGUCGCCGGACGACGUCAUCAUCGACUGUGCCGGCACAGGCAUCGCCUUUCGCCUUGACCCGGUGGCUGUCGGCGGCCCGGCCAACAUGCACACUUCCACCAUCAUCUCGCACAUGACCAUCCGCAAUGGCGACGGCACCGCUGCGAGCUUGGCUGGUGCCAUCCACGUCGCCAACGCCGUCCCGGGCCCGACCCUCUCGUCGCUGGUCGUGAGCAGCUGCCGUGGUGCAACAGGCGGCGGUAUUGCGCUUCUCGAUGCGGGCGCCACGCUCGACUCGGUCACCGUGUCCAGUUCUACAGCCCAGACGUCCGGUGGAGGCAUCGCCAUCGCCAUCACUUCGCCGCCCGGCUCGGGCACUGUCGUCUCGAUCAAGAGCGUCACAAUCUCGUCCUGCACCGCGCUCUCUGGAUCCGGCGGCGGGCUUUCGCUCGUCACCGCUACGGCCGUCACACAGAUUGCCACCUUUGCCGAUGUCCACGUCACUGACUGCGCGGCUCGGCUCGGUCUCGGCGGUGGUGUAGCGAUGGUUGGCGCCAUGGACUUGUCUCUCGGCCCAAACCUACACAUCAACACCUCGGUGGCGCUCGGCGGCGGUGGCCUCGCGGUGGAGGAUCCGGUCUCGCUCACCGUCACCGACGCGGUUAUGGCUGGUAACUCGGCCAUUGGCCUCGAUGGCUCGGCCAGUCAUGGUGGUGGCGGCGCACUCGCCCGCGUGCGACUCCGCGGCAAACUUAUCAACACCGCGUGGAGCGCGGUGUCUUGGUACGCCAACUCGGCGGCCUCGCUCGGCGGCGGCCUCUACGUCCUGGGCAUGCCGACCACUGUUACAAGUAGCAGCCUUGUCAACAACAACGCCGCAUCCGGCGGCGGCCUCGCCUUUAGCUCACUCUCGGCUGUUCCGCGGGCAGUGACCAUGAUUUCUGCCGUCCUCUCGAGCAACUCGGCAUCGCUUGCCGGCGGCGGUGCCCUUCUCCGUGGCGGCAUACUGACCGCAACCGCCUCUACGUUUGCUGGCAACACCGCAGAUCGCUACGGUGGCGGCUUGUUUGUCACUGACGAGGCACAGGCAGUCAUUGGGUCUGGAUCGCUCUUUGCAUCCAACGCUGCAACGCUCGCUGGUGGCGGCACCUUUGAGUGCCGGCUCGCUGCCGAGUGUGGUCGUGCUGCAGCGACGUGCCUCGCCACCCAGCCGCGGCCCGACGGCAUUGACAGAGCGCUCAUCAACUGGGACGCUGCCGCGUACGCCGCCACCGCCGCCGCGUCCAAUGCCGCGGCCCAGGGCCCGAUCUCCGCGUCGGACGCUGUCGCCGUUGGCGUUGUUGGUGGCGGCAUCGGGGCCAGCACAUCCUUGGAAGUUCCGUCCGGGAACAAUCCGCUUCCAGGCGCCGUCUUUUUUGCCACCGACGUCUACAACCAAUCUGUCAUUACCGGCGAUGUGCUGCGGGUGAUGGUGCGACCGGCCGGCGAUCCGGCAAGCCUAGAACCGCCGCGGCUAGCGCCGCUCGCGCUGGCGAGCUCACUCGCAGUUGCGUCGUCGCACGAUGCUGCCGAGGCAACGUGCAGCCUCGACGUCGCUGCAGGAGGACAGUGCAGCCUGCCGACGCUGGGCCUCUUUGCCACUUCUGCCAACGCUACGUCUGUGCCGGUUGUCCUCGCGGUUGUGCUCGAUGCCGCUCCGUGUGUCGGGGCGCCAGUAGCACUCUCGGUCCGGGCCACCGAAUGCGCGUCGGGCCUGACCGGCUCGGUCAUUGCCGGCCGGUACACAUGCAUCGAACUGUGCGGCGCCGGCACGUUUGUCAACAAGACCGCCGGCGCGGCGUCGGUUUGCUCGCCGUGUCCGCGCGGCAGCUCGCAGUCAUCGCCGCAACACCAAGACAAGCAGUGCAAGCCAUGUGGUGGCGGAAGUUACGCGUUUGAAGGCGCGACAGCGUGUACUGCGUGCCCCCCAGGAGGCGAGUGUGGGCCGGACGGCGUGUUCUUGCACGCUGCGUCGGGAUACUGGUAUCCGGCCGGGAGCAACGCCGAUGGCCUCCACGUCGCCGAGUUCUUCGAGUGUGUCAAUCCCGAUUCAUGCCCGGGCGGUCCACAGUACUCGGUAUGUGCGUCUGAAUAUGCGCCAAACGCCUUUCUCUGCCACCGGUGCAAGGCCGGGGCAGCCAAGGUUGGGCAUGUGUGCCAAGAGUGCUGGCCUGUCUGGGCGGCAGCGCUCGCUACGAUCGUUCUCUUUGUCAUAGUCAUCGCCGUGGUUGUCUACCUCAUUCGCAAGGCUGGCUCCGGCACCCAAAUCCAGUCGCUUGUCCUCAAGAUUGCGUUGUCGUACCUGCAGAUGCUCUCGCUGGCGUCGUCGUUCAAGUCGCAAACCUCGACGCUCUUCCAGUCGUACGUCUCGGGCGCGUCGUCGGGCGCUCUGCUCUCGGCCGACUUUUUCGCCCUGGUGUGCCUCACCGGCCACGGCUUUUUCGACGAGUUUGUCUUUUACAUGAUCCUCCCGCUCAUCAUCGUAGUUGUUGUCCGGAGCGUCUACGCCGCACUCUUCGCCAAGUCGACCGGCGGCUCGUGGCUGCGGUUCCUCUUCUGCCGCGGCGCGCAUCCAUCGUGGCCGGCCGAGCUCGUAACCAGCUACUCGGCGCAUCAGGUGGCCGCGCUCCAGGCCGGUACCAUUGCCGUCUUUCUCGUCUACCCGACGAUUGUGCGCCAAAUCCUGCUCGUCUUCCACUGCCAGAGCUUUGCCGGCGAGCUGCGGCUCAAGCCCGAUCUCGACACGGUCUGCUACCAAGGCAAGCACCUCGACUACGCCAUUGCUGCCGGCGCCGGCGUCCUUGUCUACGUCGUCGGUGUCCCGCUUGUUGCCGAUGUUUGGUUCUUUGAGUUUCUGGUCAUGGCCCGCAAGUCGAUCAUUGUGGCGGUGGCGGUCUUCAUCGACUCUGUUGACUUGCAGAUCUCGUCUGGUGGCACGGCGGUCGUGGUCUUUGGCGUCCUGCUCAACACCCGCCUGCGGCCGUUCGAGUCGCCGAUGCUCAACCAUCUCGAGGAAGCUGCCCUCACCAUUGUCGCGGUGACCAUCAUUUCCGGUGCCUCGCUUCGCGACGGCACAGACGCCUCGUCCGACUCGCAGCAGUUGCUGAUCGUUGUCCUCCUGCUGAUCAACUCGGUCUUGAUGGCCUCGUUUAUCUUUCUCUGGCUCCGCGCGCGGUUCUUUCGCGCGUCCGUCAAGGUGGCUGACGAAACGAGCUCUGAUGAGCCAGAAGACUCACUGCUGGCCGACAAAAAACCGGAGCUGGCCAUCGAGCCGGCGUGCGUGACGUCCUUAAGCUCAGUGUCGACCAGCGAGCCUGAGACCAGGCCCGCGCUGGGCCCACGCCAGAUCCACUGGUGA